GCGGCGCGAGCGGGGCCCUCUCUCGAGCGCAUCAGACCCCAGUCUCAGCACGAGACCACGAGAAACCGCCAACUGCCCGAUUCUGCUCACUUCACACCGACGCGAACGGAGAGAGACACACAGAAAGAUAAAGACAGAGGUUACAGAAGCGCCUCUCUCGUUUGUAGAGGAGGUUGUGUGGCUCGCUAGCUGUUCGGCUAACUGCAGCGGUGUGGGACUAGCAUAGCACAAGCUUUUGUAAUCCACAGCCGGCCUCAAACACACACGCACAACACAAAGCGCACCAGGACACAGAUCCAUUGGACGGAAUUAACGAUAUACCUGAAGAGAGAGACGGGACCGGCGGAGACAGGGGCUGGUUCUGAGGGGUGUGGCCGCAGGACCAGACUCAAUGAGUUUCCAGCGAAAUGUCAGAGAAGUCAGGGCAGAGCACAAAGGCAAAGGAUGGCAAGACAAAGUAUGCAACCCUUAGCCUAUUCAACACUUACAAGGGCAAGUCUCUGGAGACCCAGAAAACUGCAGUUGCUUCCAGACAUGGGCUCCAAAGUCUGGGCAAAGUUGCUGUCAGUCGACGCAUGCCCCCUCCGGCCAACCUGCCUAGCCUAAAAGCUGAGAACAAAGGCAACGACCCCAACGUUAGCAUUGUACCCAAAGACGGCAGUGGCUGGGCCUCCAGACAGGAUCAGCCAGGAGACGAACGGCAGCAAGAGACCCCUCCACCGCAGCCCAAGCCAUCUGUGCCCCAAACCACUGAUGCUCCUCUGGGAGGCAGCCGCUCCUGGGCCAACAGCAAACAGUCUGGGCAGCUGGACGGUGCAGGAGCUCCUCGCAUGAGCAGUCAGUUCCAUCAGGAGUUUCCGAGUCUGCAGGCAGCAGGUGAGGUGGAGAAAUCAGGUGAUCAGGAAGAUGAGCCCUAUGGACCGGGCCCCAGCCUCAGGCCUCAGAAUGUGGGUAGCUGGCGAGAAGGUGGAGGUAGGAACCUAAAUGUUGCUCCCAGCCCCUCUGAGACCGAAAGUAAGCCUCCUGAGGAGGCAGGGGUGGGUCGAGGCACACCUUCUCCCUCCGGUGAUUCUGAUGAGACAGGGAAACCCUCUGCUGUUGAGGGCAGAGAACAGAGAGACAAACUCCCAAGUACAGGCCCUCAGCAUAAACUCAACGGUGGGCAGCAGCCACCAGGAGGCAUAUCGUCAUCUCAGUUCAAUGCCCAGUUCAGGAGCAUGAUGCCACCAUAUAUGUUUAAUGCAUACCCUCGAGGGCCCUUUCCUCCUGCGCAAGGCAACAUUAGAUACCCUGGACAACAGGAAAUAUCAAAGGGUCCACGGCCUGUUGGAAGACCCUUCCACCCUCCAUCUCAGGCAUGGCUGCAGGAUCCAGACAGGCCAUCAAUCGUUAGUGCCACUGAAUUAAAAGAGCUAGACAAUCUGGACACUGAUGCAGAUGAGGGCUGGGCAGGUGCCCAGAUGGAAGUUGACUAUUCUGAGAAACUGAAUUUUAGUGAUGAUGAGGAGAACCAUUCAGCUAAAGAGAAAGGAGAUAACUGGGAGUGGAUGACUAAAGUGGACCGUAUGCGGCCAAGAAAGACUGAUGCCCAGGAGGGAUGGAAAGGAAGAGCAGAGGAGAGGAGUGACGGCAAGAGCUCAUGGGCAGAGAGUGGAGACCCCAGAGCUCCCUCCCCUGGCAAUAUUGGCCAUUAUAGCAAGACAGCACCUUUGCAAGAGCAACAGGGCCAACAAGUUGGACGUUCUAUGGGAAGUGGCGGGCCCCGUGUUGCAAAACCGCCCACUACAGCACCUCCUGCUGCCGAGGAGGAAACAGAAGCAUGGCGACAGAAACGGAAGAAGCAGUCAGAGCUCUCUGAGGCAGUGGAACGUGCACGUCGAAGGCGUGAGGAGGAGGAACGGCGCAUGGAAGAACAGAGACUUGCUGCCUGCAAAGAGAAACUCAAACAGCUAGAGGAGAAACGGCGACCUUCCACGACUAUAGAAACUACUAAACCAACUACACAAACUCACAGUGAUCUCCAGGAAGUGACUGAAACUGUGCCUAAACUACCUGCUGAAACUCCUCCCCCUCAGCCUCCACCUCCCAUUGUACAGCAGCCCUGCCCUCCCAUGCCAACCCACGAAAGGACAGAGCCCACUGUGGAGGAGGUUCCACAAUUCGUUACCCGACAACCUAGCCCUCCUGUCCUCAGGGCUGCUCCUGAACCCCAAAGCAAAGUUGAUACUGCUGUAACUGAGGAGGUCCAUAGACAGGUGGAGAGACAACCAAUGAGAGACUACUUUAGUGCAGAGGAGUCCCGAGUUGAGGAGCCUCAGUUGUGUCUGUCCAGACUGGAUCACUCUGUUAGUGAAGAUGCACCUCUUCAACAACUGGAAAAUGAGGGCGAGACAGGGGCUGCUAUUCGCCCUUCAGUCACCUCUGGAUACUCAAAACAGUUCCAGAAGUCUUUGCCACCCAGAUUCCUCAGACAACAGGAACAGCUUAAACAACAACAGUGGCAGCAGCAGCAGCAACAACAGCAGCAGCAGCAACAGGGUGGAGGAGGUCCAGUCUCUCCCUCAAGGGGUUCUGUUCCCCCUCAGCACAGAUCCCUCUACCAACCUCUUGGCCCCCACCAUCAACAUCUUGCCUCUAUGGGUUUUGACCCACGAUGGAUAAUGAUGCAAUCCUAUAUGGACCCCCGAAUAAUGUCUGGACGGCCACCAAUAGACAUGCCUCCUAUGCACCCUGCAGGGAGAAUGCCUCCAAAGCAACUGGUUCGGCGAGACCCCACGGACAACAGCAGCUCUGGUUCAGACUCGUUUGAUCAUCUGACCCGUCCAAUUAGAGAACACGGAGUUCCCAGUGAGUCUCGAAUGGUCUGGGGUUCUGACCCUUAUCCCCAAACGGAGGGCUUGACCUCCUCUGUGACUACUAAAGUGCGAGAUGAUAGCAAGGAGCCAAGACUGGACACUGGUUUGGAGCUGGACAGAGGUCUUUCAGGUGUCUACCCUCAAGACCAUAGCUCUCUUGAGCCUCGGGGCAAGAGUGACUUCUUCAGGGAUUCAUCUGAGCCCUUGUCUGCCUUUAGUCGUGUUUCGGAAGAGGUACCAAGUCUCCUGCAGACUGAUAGAGCACCAGUCAUCUCUUCCUUUGAGCCCGAGGAGGCCAACCUCUCAGCUUUAGAGGAGGUUGAAGCCAUUGGACAGGCUGUACUGAAAAGGAGCAUCUCUCAAGGUUCCAGUAACUCUCUGAAACUGGAAGAGCCAAGAUUUGAAGAACUUACCUUAGCGCAGAAGCCCCUUGACUUUGCUGAUGCUGGGGAAAGACCAGAGGACAAGUCCAGAAAGGAUUCAUUUGGUCAGGGGCCUGUGAUCAACAACCGUGCUACCCCUCCUGUAGCCAAUGAUGGUAUGCACAAAACAGACAAACCACUCUUACCUGCACCCAGCAAGCAGAAGUCAGAGAUGCGCUGGGGAUCCCGUGGGUCCGGAGCAGGGAGGAGAGAAGGACCCGGAGGAGAGCGGCCAAUCAGGAGGUCUGGACCUAUUAAGAAACCUGUUUUGCGGGACAUGAAGGAAGAGCGGGAACAGAGAAAAGAGAAAGAAGAGAAACAUGAACGAGGGGAUCGAUCGAAAAAAGAGGGUGCUGCUUCGAAAUGUGCUUCUUCAGCUGCUGUAGUGUCAUCUGAUGGGCAGAAGCCCUCUGGAGAUGGGAAGAAAGGAAUAGUUGAACCUGAAGUUGGAGCAGCCGCUGCUGUAGUGAAAUCCAGAGAUCUACAGGCAGCAGCAGGUUCUGCAGCUGCAUCUGUUGUGAAUGAAAAGCCAGACAAGCCUGCACCAAGUGACAAACGUCCUGAACCCAAACUACCAUCUCGCAAAGACUCCAACCUCCCUCCAAGAGCUUACCGGAGAGAGGAGAGAGAGCGAGACAGAGAUCGGGACAGAGAGAGAAACAGAGACACCGAAAGGGAGAGAGACUGGCCUUCUGAUGCCAAUUUUAAAGGCCGUGGUCGGGGAGAGUACUAUUCCCGUGGCCGGAGUUACAGAGGCAGCUAUGGUGGGAGGGGCAGAGGUAGUCGUGGCCGGAGUAGAGGGGAGUACACAUACAGAGAGCCACGGUCACGCUCUGACCUGCCAUUUAAUGCUCCAGGGACAGCUGUUUUUCGCUGUCGGGAAGAGAGUGAAACACGUAGUGAGAGCUCAGACUUUGAAGUCUUACCCAAGCGCAGACGCAGGCGAGGCUCAGACACAGACUCUGAAAGUGAAGGCAGAGAAUCUGCCAGUGACACUGGAGCAUCGGAUCGUGAGCCUAGCACCAAACCAAGCAGACCGCUCCGUCGUGAGCUGCCAGAAUCUCGCUCUUCUAAAUUGGCCUCAGGAUUUUCGGCUGGACAUUUUUCAGAAAAAUCUGGGUCCAGGGAUGAGGAUGGUAGGCCAAAACCAGGUUUUCUGUUAAAGGGUGAGGCGGCACGCCGGGGUAGGGGAGGCUUGCACAGCACGAGAGGAGGUGGCAGGGAGAGGGGCAGCCACAGGUCUGCUCCUUUCCGUCGGGCUGCUGGCAAGGAGGGCUCACAGUGGCCCUCAAAGCCCAUGGAGACCUUCCGGCCAGAGGAAGCAGAAUUUUCUCGCACUGAUGGCACACCCUCCGAACGACGGUACACCAAAUAUGAAAACAAGAACUUUGGAGAAGGUGGACAAAGCAUUAGGGAGAGACCUCGUAGACCACGGCCAGCCCGCCCUCCCAGACAGGACAAGCCCCCACGAUUUCGGAGGCUUAAAGAGCAGGAGGCUGUGGGGAACACUGGGGAAGAUCUACAUCCUACAUCUGUCUCCCCAAUGCUGUCUAAAGCCCCUGGAACUCUUGUCACUUUGCCUGAGGGUGCUGCUAAGGCCAGUGCAGCACCACCUCUCAUUUCUGAUGUGACUUCCCCUGAACUUCCUGUUACAGAGGCAGUUCUUCCUGAAAUGGGAGCCAUCACAGUAGUUGCUGCUGGCAGCAAAUCACCUGACUUGUCCAAUCAGAACUCCUCUGACCAGGCCAACGAAGAGUGGGAGACGGCCUCUGAGAGUAGUGACUUCAACGAACGGAGAGAGCGAGAGGACAAGAAGCAAAUUGACGCAGCUGUGACAGCAACAGUUUCCUCUUCUGCGCCUCCACAUAUCUCAAGGGUACAGAGCAAGUCACCCACAGAAGGUGUAGCAAUCCUGAAACGAGAGUCAGCCUUGGCAGCCAAGAGGAGCUUCUCCAGCCAGCGGCCUGUGGAUCGACAGAAUCGCCGGGGAAAUAGCGGUCCUAAAGCAGGGCGGGGUUAUGCUGGAGGCAAGGGCGAGAGAAGGGGAGGAUCUGGAGCCAAAUCAGGGCGCAGAGGUGCUCCUUUGCAGAAUGCAGAGACUGCUCAGCCCGGGACAGGUCAAAAGAUGGGUAAAGAGCCACCACCCAGCCGCCGGAAAGAGGAGGCAAAACAAGCUGUUAAAAAACCCAAAGAGAAGGAAAACGCUCUGUCUCAGUUUGAUCUCAACAACUAUGCCAGUGUGGUGAUAAUUGAUGACCACCCAGAAGUCACAACACUUGAGGACUCUCAGUCAAACUUAAACGAUGAUGGGUUCACUGAGGUUGUUUCAAGGAAACAACAGAAACGUCUGCAGGAUGAGGAAAGAAGGAAGAAAGAAGAGCAGACUUCACAGAACUGGUCUAAGAAGGGUUCUGGAGAAAAAGGCAGAGGUGGCGGCUCAAAACUGCCCCCACGGUUUGCCAAAAAGCAACAACAGCAGCAAGGAAUGGCAGCAGGACAGCAGCAGCCUUCGGCUCCACAGAGCCAGUCUGUCCCCCAGCAGCCUCAACCACAGCCAGCCAUCUCUGUGUCUCAGCACAGCCUGCCUGCCUCUAACCAGAGCACCAGUUCACCCCAGCCUCUCGAGGGCGCUGUAGCACCUUUACCCCCUGCACCCGUAGACUUCCCUCCCAAGAGCCAGAUGCACAACACUCUUGGUACAGAACUGUGGGAGAACAAGGUGGCUGGUUCCACUGUUCUCCCUGAUGUCAAGAAACUUGGACCUAUCAGCCCUCCCCAGCCUCCCUCUGUCAGUGCCUGGAAUAAACCUCUCACUUCAUUUACAGGGACCAUGACACCUGAGGGUGUGAAAGUGGGCACAGAAAGUGGGGUUGAGCUGGGCAUGGACAACAUCCAGUUUGGUGCCCCCUCUUCAGCAGGCAGCACUGACAGUGACGGAGUGCCCGUCCUGCUGGAGAAAACCUCUGACAAUAAACUACCCGAACCCAAAGAGCAGAGACAGAAACAGCCCCGCGCUGGACCUGUCAAACCUCAGAAGUUGCCUGACAUCCCUCCGCCAGAGCCCAAGGAAUAUAAACCCGGUCCCAUCGGUAAAGAGCGUUCACUCAAGAACCGUAAGGCUGCCAAAGAUGUGCGUCAGUCUGAUGGAGAGGACCUGGAUAAAGGUGUAACUGGAAGCAACAGAGACAGAGACUCCAGCUCACCCACUAAAGACAAAGUUCCUGACCUGGGUGGAGAUAUUGAGGGCAUGAUCACCGCUCCAUCAGCAGAGUACUCCAGCAGCUCGAAGGAAUCCGUGACUGACUACACAAUCCCGUCGUCCUCCUUGACUGACAAUGUCCCCACUGCAGGGACCAAGAUGGAUGAAAGCCUUGUGACACCUGUCCUCCCUCACACAUUGCCUCUUCCACGAAGAGAAACCCUCCAGCAGAGCUCCAGCCUCGCUACUGUUGACCUCACACUCAAAAUGGAGUCUGCACGUAAGGCAUGGGAGAACUCCCCCAGCCUUGGAGAGAAGAGCUCGCCUGUCACUUCUUCUGCCUCCCCCAUCACCAGUGGAGGAGGAGCCGGCGGUGCCUCCUUCAAUUCCUUCUCCAGUGCUUCAGUGCCUCAGAUACCUGUGGCCUCCGUCACCCCCAGUACCUCCUUGUCCGGAUCUGCGACCUACACAACGUCCUCUCUCAGCACAAAGAGUACAUCGGCAUCUGACCCCCCCAACAUCUGCAAGGUAAAGCCCCAGCAGUUGCAGAGUUCGGGAAUGUCCAGCAGUAACUUCUCCCAGCUGGGUUGUGUGCCCUCUCUCUUACUACAGCAGCAGCAACAGACCCCACAGGUGUUCGUAUCCCAGUCUGCAGCAGGUUCUGCAGCCCAAAUCCCAGCCUUCUACAUGGAUACCAGCCACUUGUUCGGUACGCCUCACCCUCGCCUGGCUCCUCCCUCUAUAGCCCAGCAACAAGGAUUUCAGCCUGGACUCUCACAGCCUACGGCAGUGCAGCAGAUCCCCAUUCCCAUCUACGCUCCUCUGCAGGGGCAGCACCAGCACCAGCACCAGGCCCAGCUGGGCCUCAGCACUGGACCUCCUGUGUCUCAACCUCAAGACCUCUUCAGCUCAUCCAUGCAGCCCUACAGGUCUCAGCAGGCGUUUAUGCAAAGCAGCCUCUCCCAGGCGUCUCCCAUGAUGCUGUCUGGCACACCGCUGCACAGUUACCCUGGGGUUCAGCCGCCAGAACUGGGCAAGCCCCAAUCUAACCUGGCCUUCCAGCAAACAUCAAACACCCAGCACAUCCCCAUCCUGUUUGAGCCCCAGCUGAACCAGCCCUCUGGCAUCGGAGGAUCACAACUGAUAGACACACACUUAUUGCAGCGUCAGGGAAUGAGUCAGCACUCAAACCUGUACUCUGGUCAGGUCCAGCAGCAGACCAGUUACUACAGCUCAACACAGAGUCCCAGUUCUGCCCUACAGCAGGUGACCGUUCCUGUGCCAGGUUCACAGUUGUCUUUGCCCAACUUCGGUUCUGGUGGCGGUCAGCCGCUCUUGGCUUUGCCUCCAACCCCUCCCCAAGCUCCACCUCCCAGUCUCAACCGUCAGCCCCCCAACAAUCCGCCCUACCGCAGCCUUAUUGGACAGAAUACACACAGCAUGAUGCAGCCAUCCAAUAAGAUGUGUGAGAUGGAUCUGAAGCUCUUCAGUGGUGGAAUGGAUAUGAAGCCUGGAACACCACCUGUCAGUGCAAGAAGCACUACCCCCACUUCUAGCCCUUAUAGGGCAAGUUCCACGAGUCCCAGUAGUCAGUCUAGCAAGAUGAACAGUAUGCUGUAUCCCAAACAGUUCCAGUCUGCAUCUGCAGGAAUGCGCAUUGCCCAGCACUUCCCAGGACAGUUCAACCCACAGAUGUUGUCUCAGGCCAACAUGGUGUCUCCGCUGGUACGUCCACCCCAUGCAAACUCCUUUCCUGGAGGGAUGCAACGUUCGGCUAUGGGUCAACCCAUGUCUCCUAACCUGAGCGGAGGUCUGAUGCCUCACCCUAGACCCCAACACCCUCCACGUGGACCCUCUGGUCCUCCUUUAGCACCCCGUGGCACACAGGCUUCCUUGAAAGCAGAACAGGACCUUAAGGCUAAACAGAGAGCUGAGGUUUUGCAGUCUACCCACAAGUUCUUCUCUGAGCAACAGCAGCUGAAGGCUCCAGUCAGCAAGUCCACCCGCGUGGAAGGAACAGGCAAACCCACCGACAGUGUCACUUCAAAUCACCAGGGGGCGCCAUCCGACCGCCAAGAGUCUAACAAACCUACACCUCUAGCAACAACCAAACCCAUCCGAACGGGUCCAAUCAAACCACAGGCCAUCAAACCAGAAGAGAGUAAAUAGUGAGAACUGCUUCAGAAAGGAAAAAUGGAUAGAAGGAUGGACGGAGGGGCCUGAUGCAAAAAGGGCAAUGUACUACAGCACCUGAAAGCGGUUUAAGGAAGUAUAGGGAUCUAGAGUGAUAGAGGUUUAUUAUGAGGUUCUGUGCAUUUCUCUCACAUGUACUGUGCCCAUCUUCCUCAUCCUUUUAUCAGUCCUCCAUUCUCUCUUCCGCUGUGGUUUGCAUUGAGGUGAAACUACCCCUUCAUUGUGUGUGUCCAAAAAGAGAACUGUACAUCCCCAGUGAACAAUGAAGGUUGAGAUCAACACGAAUUACACUGGCUGCUGAGAAUGCCAUUUUUAUAGCAAUAUGAUUUAAUUCCCCCCUCCCCCCCAUGUAGAAACAUGUUUUAAGCAGGCAGAUUUUUCAUUUUUUGAUUGAAGAUGUUUAUCCCAACUUUGUUUUUUGGUUCUUUAACUAUCUCAACCAACUCUGUAAGUUGUGGCAAUAGUGAUGUGAUAAUUGUGUACACACACAUGCAUAUCACUACUGUGUGUGCGCGUACAUCUCUGCAUUGGCUGCACUUACAAUUACCUUCUCUUCAUAGUUUCACCUCAACCACAUGUAUUGGCCUUAACAAUACAAAGAACAUAAUUUCAGCAGAUUAGGAAUUGGUUACGGAUGUAUUUGAUUAAAUUCAUCGAUCACAGUCUACACUGUGAGCCUUCCCUCCUGCCUUCUCAGUAGUCUAUGCCUGCAAGAAUUGAAGAUUGUGUGUUUGCGUGUGCGCAAAAGACCCUUGAAUCUUUAGCCAAAUGUUAGGCAUCGAGAGACCUGAAUCAUUUUAGAUGAAUAUAUAUGAUUUUGGAAAACAGUGAGCUCCACUUGGUCAACAGAUAGUAGAAUUACCUUUUUGUUUUUUUUUUUGUUUUUUUUUGGUAAACGGUUCCUCCAGUCCAGGCUUAUGUUUGAUGUGUCCUAAGAUUAAGACCCUCCCCUUAUUUUGUGAAUGUGAGGACAGAUGUAGACACGCCCACUUCUCAAACUAGCUCCAGUCUUUCACCUUCAAGCCUCUCCACAAAGCUCCCAACCAUGCUGCUGAACAGCUCUGACUCUCCUGACCAAUCACUGCAGAGGAGGGGCGAGGUUUGGGUUGGGGCGAGUGGUCAAGCAAUUUAGGUUCAAUAGUAAAGAACGUAGCUGCCAAUUUAGAAGACGAACGUUGAGCGCAAGGCAGCCAGACUCGGUGGGGGGUUGGGGGCAGGAGUGAUGAAAGUCUUGGAACAGAGGCCCUCAAAUGUUUGAGCAAAAAGGACUCCUGGUUAUGGUGAUCACAGGCCUGAGUUUACAAGGUCUUUCUCCAAACCACUCCUCUUUGGUUGCUAGUACAAAGAAGGGGACUGCAAAUGUACAAGGGUUUCAGUAAGGCCCCCCAUUUCUUGUUUGUGUAGUAGGAAUAAGAAGCUACAAACAGAAGGGGAGGAGAGGGAAUUGAUUUUUUUUUUUUUUUUUUUUUUUUUUACUUGUACAGGGGUUAAAUCGCUGUAUUAAAAUAUGUAAGGUCUUAUUUACAUUAUCCUGGUUUGGUUAAAGAAACUAAUAAAAUAAUAUGCUGUUAAAAAUGAACUGUGGUUGUUUGCUGUGUAAUGGAUUAAAUAAUGACAUCGAGUGUGUCCACCAAAAAUGAAUUGUCCCACUGUCCCAAUACAUUCAAGCGUUUGUGUGUAUAAAUUUUGCAGUGCCAUUUUUGGAGAUGUUAGGUACUGAAACCAUUGGUCAGCUCUAGUCCAUAAUCUGUCCAACUUUAAAAAUAUUUUAAUGCAAGCAUGAGACACUACA